UGCACUUGUGAUGAGUGUAUUUCUUUUAGGUUUGGUUGUUCGGUUAAUCUUAAUGCCCCCCUCGUCCCUCCUCUUCACUCUCUUAAAAACUCUUCAGGUUUUUCCAACUGAGCGAUUCAGGCUGAGGCGGGCGCAACCGCACUAGAGGAGAAGUCAAGUCGUGCUGGACUGGCGCGAUAUCCUCGCACGGUUCACAACUAAAAGAAGACCUGACCCGCGUUUAAUCAUGCUUUUAAAUGAUGGAAUAUGCUGAUUUUAAAAGUUGACCAGGGAUUUCUAGUUGUGGGGUGUUUGCGAGGGAUGGCUUUCCUUUUAACUUCCUUAUUUCUGUCUUGUUACAGUGCGAGCAGUGUUUGGGGAAAUCAGCACGGUGAUACCAGUAUCUAUUUGGAUAACAUCACGCGUAUAUUGGAUAGAUUACUGGAUGGCUAUGACAACAGGCUGCGACCUGGAUUUGGAGGUCCAGUUACAGAGGUCAAAACUGACAUCUUUGUCACCAGCUUUGGACCUGUUUCAGAUGUUGAGAUGGAAUACACCAUGGACGUGUUCUUCCGUCAGACAUGGAUUGACGAGCGACUGAAAUUCGAGGGCCCUAUCGAGAUCCUGCGGCUCAACAACCUGAUGGUCAGCAAGAUAUGGACGCCGGACACCUUCUUCCGGAAUGGCAAGAGGUCGAUCUCUCACAACAUGACCACCCCCAACAAGCUGUUCCGCAUCAUGCAGAACGGAACUAUCCUCUACACCAUGAGAUUAACUAUAAAUGCAGAGUGCCCCAUGCGACUGAUGAACUUCCCAAUGGACGGCCAUGCCUGCCCGCUCAAGUUUGGGAGUUAUGCAUACCCCAUAAGCGAGAUUGUGUACACUUGGAAGAAAGGUCCCCUUUCCUCUGUGGAGGUGCCACAGGAAUCAUCCAGUUUGCUUCAGUACGACCUUAUCGGUCAGACGGUGUCAAGUGAGAGGCUCAAGUCCAACACAGGUGAAUAUGUCAUCAUGACCGUCCACUUCCACCUGCAAAGGAAAAUGGGCUUCUUCCUAAUUCAGACAUACAUUCCCUGUAUUAUGACUGUCAUCUUGGCUCAAGUCUCUUUCUGGAUUAAUAAGGAAUCAGUUCCAGCUCGGACUGUGUUUGGUAUCACCACUGUCUUGACCAUGACAACACUCAGUAUCAGCGCCCGACAUUCCCUCCCCAAAGUUUCUUACGCCACAGCCAUGGACUGGUUCAUCGCCGUUUGCUUUGCCUUCGUCUUCUCUGCCCUGAUCGAGUUUGCGGCUGUCAACUACUUCUCCACAAUGCAGGCCAACCGGGAGAUGCGGAAGGCAGCAGCUAUGAAGGCAGCGGCUCAGGAGGCAGCAGCUGCUGCUCCGCCUGCAGCCACGGGGAACGAUGGAGAGGUUUCCUCAGUGGAUACCAGUAGUGUGCUGAAGAAGAGGAUGAACUCUGCCCCGCUGUUUGACCGCCCUGCCAAAACAUUUCCUAACCCACCUGUCAAUGCCCAAGCCUUCCUGCAACAGGGUUCAGCAGUACCGGCCAACAAUGUUCUCACUGGCACCAGCAUCAUCGACAAAUACUCCCGCAUCCUCUUCCCCCUUUCGUUUGGCGCCUUCAACCUGGUCUACUGGAUCGUCUAUCUCACCAAGGACACGAUGGAGAUGUCCAGGGAUACCGUCUAAGCCUAAGAGUCUAAGAGUUUGUCUUCCUGGACAUCUCAUACACAAACACUUUCAUACACCUGCACGGACACACACACGCACACACAUAUAUAUGAACACAAUAAAUAGAUGACAGACAUUUGCCAAGCACUCUCUUAUGCUGCCUCAAUGCAUUGUAUUUAUUUUUAAGUACUCCCGUGGAAAGUGAGGGUUUUGAGAGCAGAUGAACCAGCUCCUAUUGCCAACUCGGCCCAGGAGCUCACAGCCUGUGGGCCCCAGGCUCUGGAACCAUUUCAAACAGGUACUACAUCUCUCUCUGUCUCUCUCAUUUCUAUAUUUCUCUUCCCCAAUAUAAAAAAAAAAGUUACACAUUAGGACACUUUUUCAGUGUCUGUCCUGUAUCCCCUGCCCGUGUGCAUGGGGCAAGAUGUUACAGCUAAGCUAGCUAGGCUGCAGAGCCAGAGGCAGAGCCGCUACUUGUAUGUUAUAUUAUAUAUUAUAUAUAUUUAUUUCUGUAUGCGCGCAACAUACAUGUAUUUCCACACAUGAGAGGGAUUUUGCAUGUGUGUUUGAAAUGACACAUUCCCUACCCUGAUAUUUAGAACACACUCGAGGGAAUGAGUGUACCCGUUGCCCUGACUGGAUCUAGUGUGACUGACUGACUCACAGGAACUCUCUCACCCCCAGCUCGUCUUUCCGCUCUUUAUUUUUUUGACCCACGACACUCAUUUGCAACAACAUUUUUUGGUUCUUUGGCUUAUUUUCCCUGUGCUGAUGCAGUACAGAGGAUGUGAAGCAAAAUCUUCAAAGGGUUUUUAUGCUGCGUUCCGCACAUACAUUGGCCUGGUUGAAUAUUCACCGGCACAUGCACAUGCAGAAGUAGAAAUGUGCACAUACAAAUAUAAAAAGAAUACAGACACUAAAACAUGCACACAUGCCACUCACUUUAUGUUUUCCAUGAUUUUCACAAUGACAGGAUUGUAUGCCCUAGAUUUCCUAUGGACAGAAAAACAAAUUGAAACAUCAGUGCACGAAUUAAUGACUAGCAUAAUAUUACUUGUUACAAUCCAAAGCUGUGAUCACAGUAACACACAGUACCUGCCCACAGGAACAGAGGACUCUGCAAAUGUGUUGGAAGAACAAAUGUUCAAUUUUAAGUUUGCCAGACAUUUAAUGUAAGCCAGAGGAAUUAGUCUUAGCUGCAAAAUGUAUGACAUGCAAGACACUUCAGUGCAACAAUGAAUGUAAACACAAUGAAUGGAAAGUUUGAGUCUUACGUCAGACAUUAAUUAAAAAAAGAAAGAAAACAUGCAGUAAACACACUACUGCACAUAAACUCGCUACCAUCCCAUACAGUUAAGUGUAUGUUUUUUUAAUGUAUCCUGGCAACAACCCAUCUUUCCGCAGAGAAGAUUUAGGCCUUUGUUGACUUACAUUAUCAUUUUCUUUUUUUUUAUUGUUUCUUUUCAUUGUAGUCAUUUUAAUUGAAGUUAAAGGAUUCCUUCACUGGUUGCCAAUUAUUUCUUGAGAUGACAGCUCUGGUUUCUGGUUUUCACUUUUAAAAAAGCAGUGAAAAAUAGAAACCUAAACCUAUCAUCAUCAAUUAUAUGAAAAUGCCAAAACAUUCAUUAAUAAUCCACUUGUAUGGAUUUGCAUAUGAUUAUACACCGUAUCCAAUUAAGUAGAGCGGGAAACAUGUUAAAGCCAUGUGGUGUCUAAAUAUAAGCUGAUGUGUGUAUUGCUUCCUUGUGACAUUCAUCAUCCACGAGGAUGUUCUCAUUAAAGGUGUCUCUUAUCAACACAGGCACCUUUUGAAAUAAAAUUAAAAAAAGUGCUCACUGCACCAAAAGAUUAUAGUGGUCUUGAAAACUGUGCAUUUCCUCUGGUUGAUGAAAAUUCUCCCAUAAGCUUUAUGUUAAAAAAGCUGUGUAAAUUAAGUGUAAAUUGCCCCUGUGUUCUUAUUCAGUCUCGCACUUGCUAAGGGCCCUAUCUAUAGAAGGUACAGAACAAGAAGUAUCGUUAUUGCCUGGUUCUAUAUUCUGUAAUAUUGUGCUAUGAUUAUUUUUAUUCCAGUUGGUAAGGGAACUCUUCAUUUGUUAGAAUUGUGUGUAUAUUUCUUAUGAGCACUUUGAUUUGUUAAACAAACCAGCAUGGUAGAGCUUAGUUCAACAACGCCAAUAUAAUAAAUAAAUAAUGCAUGAUUAAAACUUUGCAUCAUAAAUAUAGUUCAAGAAUAAAGAACAAAAAUAUGCAAUGCAAUAAAAAAUGCAAUAUAGACUGUUGUUGGACCCCCAAGGUUGGGAUCCAAUGCGUAAAAUCAUAUUAUGAAGUUGCAAAGCUGUCAUGAACUGGUUGCAAACAAGCAACUCUAUCGCCAGAUAAGAACAUUAACACUGGACAAUUCUGCAAAACCUCGGAUUACAUCCAGCGCCAAGGAUUUGAAAUCACUUUCUACGAUAUCUGCACAUGGCAACUAUGAUGGCUAAGGUAUGUUUAGGGUCAGGCUACUAAAACAUAAAAAGGCAAACCUUAAUUGCAAGUCUGUGACAGGACUUGCAAACUCCUGUCUCCGGCAUGAAAAUCUGAUUUGCUAGGUUUGGACUUACGAGUGUACUUUAAAUCUUUGGUCAGGUGAAAUUGAACUGACAUGUAACUCUGGCCUAAUCUUGUCAAUUAUGAAGUGCAAAUGAUUUGUUAAUUUUCAGGCCUGUUUCUGCAUGUUUUUUGUUCUUUCACAUCUACACCAAAGGACUAAAAGAACAGUGUUGUCACACUGUAUGAAAUGUCUUUGUAUCCUCCCUUGUCCUCUACUUCAUUCAUCACCCUCCGACCCUCUGUCUUUGAGGCAGAGGCUGAUGAGAUAGGGCACUUCAGCCCCAACUGCUCUGUAUGUCAGGCUCCAUUGUGGCAAAACCUGACCUCAGACUGCUACAGAACUGCUGGCUCCACCCCAAUGGAGCCUCACAAAACCAGCGACCUCGCAUCUCCAGCGGUGACUGCGGUGAAUAGUCUAACAGAAAUAAGUGAGAGGGCAUAUAUGGAUGUGUGUGCGCAUGUGUGCGUGUAUUUUUAUACGAUUGAGCUUAUUUGCUUUUAUCAGUGACCCAAUAGAUCUGCCCUCUGAUCCCAGCCUAGACACUAGCUCAGUUCCAUCGCACCACAUUGAGAACCGCACUUGCAUGACCUCCAAUCCUUAUUGUGCUUGUUAGGGUUGUUGAAUGUAGAAGGUUGUGAAUUCCAUAGAAUAUAGAAUUCUAUUGCUAUGGUGUCUGCGGCCAUAAACUGCCCUUUUGUCAUUUUGUUUCAUUUCAGAAGCAUGGGCUUUAUUGAGUCUUUCAUUUAGCCAGUUAAACCCUUUUUUUUUUUUUCUACACUGUCAUUUGGCCAGAAAUUGUGGGGACAAUUUAGAAGACAACGAAUGCUCUACAUUGUUAAUUUAUGUGUAUAUUUUGUGAAUAUGAUUAAGUAUUUCUGUAGGUUGCUAUUUGUAUUCCAACUUUAGGACCCUGCUUGAUGAUCAGCUGCACUGCAUCAACCAUUUGCACUGGUCUGAAUGACAGAAAACAACUUUUGUAUUUUAGCAGUUUAGUUCAUCCACAUUUGCUCCUUGUACACAUUGCUCUGUAUUAGUUAUUAUUGUCAUGAGGAUGGCCUGUUUUUAUUGCAACAAAAAACAAUAGUUGUAUAUUCAACUAUUUCGUCCCCUGUUAAUAAAUGAACCCAUAUUCACAUUUCCCACAGGAUUGUAUAUUACAAUGUUCAAUAAAGCCAGAUUAUGUAUA